AUUUUAAUAAAUAAUGGAUUGCACUUAUCAUAUUGGAAGUCAAAUAUUAUCGAUAUGUAUAGCACCUCACAAGUGUUAAUUUUAAAGGAAAUUGUGUGAUAAAUGCUUUUACGAGCAUGAAGUGGAGAAUAAAGAAAUGAUUUCGAUAUCUAAAUUUAAUGAGAUGGUUAAGAAGAAAUUUUAAGAAUGUAAGCUAGAAGAUACUUCUGAAUUAACAGAAUAGAAAAUGAAUUUUAAAUACAUGCUCUCUCAAAGCAAAAAUAAUUUUAUAAAAUUUUUGGAAUAUCUCUCAGAAUCAAUCAAAUAAAUAUUCGAUAUGAUUGAACUUUAAACAACAUAAUACGCUCAUCUUUUUAACUAAAAUAUUAAUCCAAUAAAAUUAUCCAAUUGUGACUUGGAAAAACUGAUAUCAAUUUUAUAAGGGAAAAACAUGGUUGGUUAGGUAGAAUAGAAUAAUUUCUAUCAGAACAAAUUGGAAGAAUUAAGAGUUUAUUGGGACCAGGAAGAAAAGUUAUUUAUUCGCAACAUUUAAGAAAAAUUGAGCGGAGUGCUUUCUAUAAUUGAGUAAUAAAGUAGUAAAUUUACAGGAGAAACUAAAGAUAUCUAAAGGAGUGAUUUUUAAUUCAAAGAUUUUUAAAUUACAACAACAGAACAAAUAGCCCGAAACAGAGAAUAAAAAUUUGUUAAAGAUAAUUCUAGUUUAAGAAAGUAAGGUUUCUUUAAUGUUAUUUAGAGAUUCAAUAAUAGAACCUAAUAGAGAACCAGAAAAUUUUACAAACUUAGAAUAAAUCCAAAAUUUGAAGUGGUUUGGUAAAUAUGGACAGAAUAACAUAAAACUCGGUUUAUGGGAAGCUACAUGGCAGGGUGAAAAAAUUUAGAGCGUUGGCGGUUAGUACUCCUUGGAUGGGGAAAAAUAAGGCAGAUGGAUAGAAAUAAUAAAAAAUUAUUAGAAGUAAUAAUUUAUUAAAACUAUUAGUCUAGCCUAAGUUUUUGAAGUAGGUGAAUAUGUAAGGGAUUAAAAGAAAGGAAUUUGGAAGUAUAUUUAUGAAAAUAAGGAGAUGUAUAUAUUGAUCAAUUAAUUCAAUAACAAUAGAGGGGGAGGAGCCUAUAGUAGAGAAGGAUUGAAGAUUGGAAAAUGGAUGGAGUUGAGUAAAGGGUUUUGGAAAUAUUCUUAAGUAACUCAUUAAGGUGAAUAUUACAGGGGUAAAAGGAUAGGUAGAUGGGAUAUUUUUAAAAGAAAAUAAAAAAGUGGUUCAUUUUCAAAGAUGUAAACAUAUUUUAUAUAGUUUUAAAUUUAUAAUAUUUGGAAAAAUAUUUUAGUGGUGGUGGAUCAUAUGAUGACUCAGGUGCUGAAGUCAAGAUAGGUGAUUGGGUUGAAAUUAUGGAUAGAUUUAAUUCUGAUACUUAGAUUAUGUGUAGUGGUCGAUAUCAAAAUGGGAGAAAAAUUGGUAGAUGGAAUUUAUACAAUAAAAAAUAUUCAAUGUAAAUAGAAAUAAUAACAAUUUUUUGGAAAAACAUAUAUUAGUGGCGGUGGAUCAUAUGAUGAAGGAUGUGGUGGAGUAAAGUAAGGUGAUUGGGUCGAAGUUAUGGAUUUUUUUAGUUCUAAUUCUUAGCUAACUUACUUAGGGGAAUAGAAAAAUGGAAUAAAAGUUGGUAGAUGGGAUAUUUAGUACAAAUGUUAGGGAAAAAGUCGAAUAAUGUAAUACUAAAUUAUAUAAUUACAAUUCUAAAAUACUAUGAAAUUAUAGUGAAGGUGGAAAAUAUGAGGAAGCAGAUUAUGAACAAAAAGUGGGUAAUUGGGUUGAAAUAUCAUAUAAUUUCAAGAGUGGCUUUUAAUUAAUAUUAAAUGGCUCGUAUAUGGGUGGUAAAAAGGUUGGUAGAUGGGAUAUUUGGAACAAUUAUAAAGGAAAUAAUGAAAAGAUGUAUUAAUAUAUUAUGUAGUUUAACAAUACUAAUUUUAUGAAAAUACAGAGAGGAUGGAUCAUAACAAAGCUAAGGUGAUGAAAUUAAAGAAGUAGAUUGGGAGAAAGUAUUAGAUAAUUUCAAGGAUAUCUCUUAAUUAAUAUCAAAUGGCUAAUAUAAAAAUGGUCAUAAAGUUGGUAGAUGGGAUAUUUGGUACAAGUACGAAGGAAAAAAUGAAAAGAUGUAAUACUAAUAACAAUUUUAUGAAAAUAUAGUGGUGGUGGGUAUUAUGAAGAGAAUGAAUAAAAAGAAGGUUAUUGGGUGGAAAUAUCAAAUAAUUUUACAAAUAAUUCUUAAAUCACUUACAAUGGAAAAUAUUUAAAUGGUAAAAAAAUUGGAAUAUGGGAAAUUUGUCAUAGAAAAUAGGGCCACAGUGACUUCUCAAAGAUGUAACUUAUAUUUUAUAAUUUACUAAUCUUAUGGAAAUUAUAGUGGUUGCGGAUCAUACGAUGAAGAAGGUAAUGAACUUAAGGUUGGUGAUUGGGUGGAUAUAUCAGAUGAUUGGAAGGAUUUUUGUUAAAUAACUUACAAAGGUGAAUAUAAAAAUGGUAGAAAAUUUGGUUCCUGGGAUAUUGAAGAGAUAAUAGACAUUAAGAAACCAUUUAAAAUAAUGUAAAAAUAAAGAAAUUUAAUUAAUACAGGGCAGGCGGAUAGUAUGAUAAAGUAGGUUAUGGGGUAAAGCUUGGGAAAUGGGUUGAGUUGCAUCAUGAAUUUUUGUCAUAGGCCACUUUUCAUGGUGAAUAUCGAAACGGUAGAAAGGUUAAUAAAUGGGAUAUCUAUUUGAAUUAAAAUGGAAAGAGGGAAUAUAUGUAAUUAAAUGAAAAAAUUUAGUGGUGGAGGAUUUUAUGAUGACUAGGAAAGUGCAAAUUUAGGUCCAGUUAAAAAAGGAAAGUGGAUAGAAUUGGAUGAUAGAUUUUAAGAGUAUCGAGAUUAAAUGUUAUAUAUUAGAGAUUGUCGAGUAACUCAUCAAGGCGAAUACUCUAAUAAUAAUAAGGUGGGUAGAUGGGAUUGCUACUUAUCAAACUAUAAAAUGUAAUUUAUUUACUAUAAUGAUAAAACCUAGAGGUGGUGGACUAUAUAAUGAAAACGGGAUAAAAGAUGGUUUAUGGCUAUAGCUUACUGAAUCUUUUUCUAUGUAAGUCAUUCGUUCAUAUUUAGUUACAACCUUGUGAUACACAUGGGAUUAGUAAAAAACGGAAAAAAAGUGAAAACAUGGAACGUUAUGAAGAUAAACAUUUAAGGUGACGUUUUCAUUUACGAGAAAAUGUAUAUAAAAUUACUAAUAAUAUUUUAGUGCAGAUAUAGAAUAUUAAGAUGAAAAAAUUGAAUGAUGCAUAUAUAGAUAUUAAAAC